ACACACACACGUACACGUACGGGUAACAAUGGCAGCUAUGUCGAUGACAAGAAACGCCAUCUUCAACCUCUCAAAGGCCUUCCCUAACACCCCUUCACUCUCUCUCAGAUCUUCUUCCCGCAAAGUCUCAAGGGUCUGCUUCACCCACGCCUCAAAAUAUUCAGAGGGCCGGAAUGCCUCUGAAGGAAUGAGAGACGACUCGAGGCACGAGCACAGGGAGUUGCCGGUGACCGAUGAAGCGAAAGAAGCCAUGAAGGAAGGCGCGGAGAGGACGAAAGAGUACGCCUACGACGCCAAGGAGAAAACCAAAGGCGCGGCGAGGUCGGCGGCUGAUAAGGCCGGUGAAGGGGCGACGAGAGCGGCGGAGACGGCGGAAGAUGUGAAGGAGAAGACGGAAGACGUGGCCGGGUCAGUGGCCGGCAAGGCGAAGGAGGGGACGCAUAAGGCGGCGGAGACGGUGCAGAAUAUUGGAGAGAAAGCCAAGCAGACGGUGAAGGAUGCUUGGGGCGACGCCAAGGAGACGACGCAGAAGAUCAAGGAGACUGUGGUUGGGAAGGAUGAAGAUCAUGAUGAUGAUGAUGAUGCGGGGGGGAAGACCAUGGACGAGGAUGUCGUGGAGUUAAGGCGGCGUGCUGGAAAUCCCAAUAAGAAAACGUAUUAAAGGGGUUUAAUUUUUGCUUUUGUUGUAUUUUAAGAACUCGAAUAAUUGCCCCUAAGAAAUAGCUCAAUCGGCUGAGAUCACACUUAAUGAAGUAAAGGUCACUAGUUCGAAUACUCCUCCUCCUCUUGUGCGGAAAUGUCAAAGAAAAAAUGUCAAAGAAAAAAACGAACUCGAAUAAUUGAGAAAAACUUGUUUGAUCUUCUGGGUGUUAAUGGUGUUUGUGCUG